GGGCGCGCCGGGGCCGGGAGGCGGGCACCCGGCGCGAGUCCCGCCGGGCAAGGGAGGCCUCGGCCUGACGCCGGCCACGCAGCGGCGGGAGAGCGAGCACCGGGGCGGCGGCGUCCUGGAGACCCCGGAGAGAUGGAAGCGGCGCCGGCGGCGGCCGAGGCGGCGGGGUGCGAGGAGCUAGACAUGGAUGUAAUGAGGCCCUUGAUAAAUGAGCAGAAUUUUGAUGGGACAUCAGAUGAAGAACAUGAGCAAGAGCUUCUACCUGUUCAGAAACAUUAUCAACUUGAUGAUCAAGAGGGUAUUUCAUUUGUACAAACUCUUAUGCAUCUCCUUAAAGGAAAUAUUGGAACUGGCCUUUUAGGACUUCCGUUGGCAAUAAAAAAUGCAGGCAUAGUGCUUGGACCAAUCAGCCUUGUGUUUAUAGGAAUUAUUUCUGUUCACUGUAUGCACAUAUUGGUACGUUGCAGUCACUUUCUAUGUCAGAGGUAUAAAAAGUCAAACUUAGGUUAUAGUGACACUGUGAGUGUUGCUCUGGAAGUAAGUCCUUGGAGUUGUCUCCAGAAGCAAGCAGCAUGGGGACGGACUGUGGUUGACUUUUUUCUUGUGAUAACACAGCUGGGAUUCUGUAGUGUUUAUAUUGUCUUCUUAGCUGAAAAUGUGAAACAAGUUCAUGAAGGAUUCCUGGAGAGUAAAGUGUUUAUUUCUAAUAGUACCGAUUCAUCAAAUCCAUGUGAGAGAAGAAGUGUUGACCUGAGGAUAUAUAUGCUUUGCCUUCUUCCAUUUAUAAUUCUUUUGGUCUUCAUUCGUGAUCUAAAGAAUCUGUUUGUACUUUCAUUCCUUGCCAACAUUUCCAUGGCUGUCAGUCUUGUGAUAAUUUACCAGUAUGUUAUUAGGAACAUGCCAGAUCCCCACAACCUUCCAAUAGUGGCUGGUUGGAAGAAAUACCCACUCUUUUUUGGUACUGCUGUAUUUGCUUUUGAAGGCAUAGGAGUGGUCCUUCCCCUGGAAAACCAAAUGAAAGAAUCAAAACGCUUCCCUCAAGCCCUGAAUAUUGGCAUGGGAAUUGUUACUACUUUGUAUAUAACAUUAGCUACUUUAGGAUAUAUGUGUUUCCGUGAUGAAAUCAAAGGGAGCAUAACUUUAAAUCUUCCCCAAGAUAUAUGGUUAUAUCAAUCAGUGAAAAUUCUGUAUUCCUUUGGCAUUUUUGUGACGUAUUCAAUUCAGUUCUAUGUUCCAGCAGAGAUCAUUCUCCCUGCAGUUACAUCCAAAUUUCAUGCUAAAUGGAAGCAAAUCUGUGAAUUUGGGAUAAGGUCCUUCUUGGUUAGUAUUACUUGUGCUGGAGCGAUUCUUAUUCCUCGUUUAGACAUCGUGAUCUCCUUUGUUGGAGCUGUGAGCAGCAGCACAUUGGCCCUGAUUCUGCCACCUUUGGUUGAAAUUCUUACAUUUUCUAAGGAACAUUACAAUAUAUGGAUGAUCCUGAAAAAUAUUUCUAUAGCAUUCACUGGAUUUGUUGGUUUCUUAUUAGGUACAUAUAUAACUGUUGAAGAAAUUAUUUACCCUACUGUCAAAGUUGCAGCUGGCACUCCACAAAGUCCCUCUCUAAAUUUGAAUUCAACAUGCUUAACAUCUGGUUUGAAAUAGUAGAAGUAACAUUAUGAGCCUUCUACUUUUGUCUUAAUUCUAAAAAUGAUUAAAAUAACUAGUAAAAUGCAUCGUCAUAUGCUUAAAAAUAGUACCAAACCCUGUUUUCUUUUGGCACGAUAUUAAUAUUUUGGCAGUAAUUGUAAUUCUUUACCAGUAGUGAUAAACUGUGACAGAUCCUUGGUUUUAAGUGUUAACAAUAAUUUCAGAAAAUUAAGUUUUAGAAAUUGAAAAAAAUCAAAACUAAAAUGUAAAAAAUUAAAGAAUAAAAAUGCUUCCAUUAUCAUUUAUUGUAAUAAGAAAUAUUUUAACCAGGAUUUCUCUGUUAACCCCAUGCUACUCUUUUGCCACUCAGUUGAGAAGAGAAUAGGAUUUAAAGAAUAAGAGAAUUAAAUAAGGACAUAUAUAACUGAAAUCUCUCUCUAGAGAAGUUUGUGCAUGCCAAAGUAGACUUUAUGUAUGUAUAAUGUAAAAGAUAUUGCAAUUAUGUCUUUAUUAGCCAAGUCCUAAUGAUUAGCUUCUGAAAGUAUAGAAAACUCCCAUUAACUAUAAUGUAAGCUUCAGAAAAUUCCAAAACCAGAAUUAUUUUUACACUAUAUCUAUAAUGGUAGUUUAUCUUCAUAAUAAUAAUCAAGUGGCACUGUGUAAAAUUCUGACUUAGUAUUUUAGUAAAAUUUAAAAGGGCUUGAACAGUUAUCCAAUACAACUCCCUUAUUUUUCACUGGAGGAAAUGGAGGCCUAGAAAGAAAGGUUAAGUAAUUUGGUUAAGACCACUCAGCCUAGAGAUUAAGAGAAACUGAUCUUCUGACUCCCAGGCCAGGACUUUUUAUUUUUUACAUCACAUCUAAGAAAAAGAAUAAAUUAUGUUCAGCUUAA